CAAGCAAGAAAGGAGAAUGGGAGAUUUUGGAAGGCUUGAAGGAAGGUCAAAGAUUUGAUCUGGUUCCUCGGAAAUUUGAAGGCUUCCUUCUCAAGCGGCGGAAAUGGCCUCUGAAAGGAUGGCACAAGAGAUAUUUUGUGCUAGAGAAGAGUACUCUCAUCUACUCCAAGUCUGUAGCAGACUUGGCACGAGGGAAAGUUUUAGGGAAAAUGGACAUUGGCAUGUCUGUUAUAUCCACCAAAGCAAGACGGCGGCGUAUUGACAUAGAUGCAGACACCCUUAUCUUUCAUUUAAAGUGUAAGUCACGUGAAGUAUACCUGCAGUGGGUAGAGCAAUUGAAACAACACCGUCUCCACAAACAGCACCAGAUUCUUUAUAGUAAAGAUCAAGUAAAGCUGACUUCACCAACAUCACCAUCAGAUGACUCACCAACAGAUCCUUUAGUGCCUGGUGGACGAACAUCCCUGUCUGGUUCCUUACCUGGCUCGCAUCCUGGAACAAUGGGUCGUGAAGGCAAGUCCAACACUGGCACCACAUUGACUGGGGCUGCUGCGGGGGCAGGAACCCUUCGAUCAUGGCUAGUAGACAGCUCUGGAUUGGAUCAGUUAACAAAGGAUAUGACUACCACACAACACCAUGUGCAGCAGCUAGUCAGACUCCUUGAUAAUAUUGAACACCAAGAUGACAUGAGUCAUGGUGAGCCUGCAACUCCAUCAACCAAGUCCAGAAGAAAGUUCCGUUUGCGUAAACACAAGUCAAGCAAGUCCACUGGUGGAGAGAUAGCCAUCAACACAAGCCCAGGGAAGGGCACUCCAGACCAGGUUGAUGCUGUUAUGCCCUCAUUAGUAGGUGUUAAUAAACUUGUUGCUCUGUUUUGAAUAGAUAAUGACUCAUAGAAGAAACAACAGUAGGAGAUGAAUAGUUUCUUGCUAGAUAAAGGACAGUUGAAAAGCACAGAAGGAUAUAUAUAGAUAGUAGCUAAAGUACAGGCCAGUAGUAACAUUAGCCUACUGGACAAUUUCUCAGUGAAUGUUUAAUUUUAUAUGAUUGUAUAUUACAAAACUAUUUCUAUACCACAUUCUUUAAGUUGGAUAGCAUUUUUUCUUGGUACUUUGUUUAUAAGAUGAAAAAUCAGGGGUUUAGGAGUUAUGGAGAGCAUUUUCCAAAACCACUGCCAAUUCCCCAAGUUUCUUGAUUCAGGAAAGAGCAUACUCUUUAUGUGCCUUCACUCAACAAGCUGCUGCUCCUCAUCCAAAAUAAUAUAAUAAUA